AAAAAAUCGUUUUAUUUACCCAGAAUGCUUGAUUUCACAGCCUUUUUAAAAUGGCGUCUGCGGCCCGGCAAAUUGUCCGAAAACAUAUACCGCGUAUAAAGUUCCCAGCGCGCAUACAAGUCGGAAAAAAGGCCCAGCCAUCUACUCGACAAGAACCAGAGCUGUCUGCCACGAUAUCGGCCAUGACAGCAUCAUCAUCUAGCUUUAAAGGUUUUCCAAGACCAACGGUCGCUAACAUGGUCUUUGUGCCUGUACAAAAUACAAUCGAGGAAGUAGAAUCCAUUAGUACUUUACCAGCGAGAUUCCGUCGGCAGCCCAUGAGUCGAGAAGAGAUGGAAUACAUAGAACGAGGAGGACCUGAAUAAAACAUAUGAGUGGUGCUAUACUUCUACCAAGAACAAUGAUUUUUGUACAGGGAAUUUAUAAAGACAGGAGUGCCUUAUUGGGGUGAAAUUUAUUCCAUAACAUUCCAAUCCAUUCUAUCAGUGGCUUUGUAUUGCACUUUAUUGUUAUAAAUUAGGAAACAAAUAAGUACAAAAUGUUAAAGCUAAUAUCUGUAAAUUUUAUUGGUGAUUAAACAAUUUAUGUAUUAUCACUAAAA